UAAUUAAACUGUUGGUAAGAUUUUGUGAAAAUUGAUAAUUUGCAUUUUGGGAUUUCAAUCCGAACUGGAGAGUGUGAAAGAAAAAAGACGGUUACUCAGAGCUUAUACCAGUCAAGUUGAUGCAUGCGGAGACCAAGAAAUAUGAGACCAAAUAUCGUUUCUGAGGCAGGGUUGCCUACUAGGUUGAAUCAAUGGUGGGAAAGUAUUCCGUUUCUCACUUCUGCAGUGGUGGUUGUGUGUGGAGUGAUUUACUUUGUUUGUCUUUUGGUUGGAUAUGAUUCCUUUAACGAGAUAUGCCUCUUGCCCUCUGCUGCUAUAUCCAAAUUUCAAGUUUACAGGAUUUAUACCUCCAUUCUUUUCCAUGGUUCACUCCUUCAUGUUCUCUUCAACAUGAUGGCUUUAGUUCCCUUGGGCUCUGAGCUAGAGAGGAUCAUGGGCUCAGUUCGCUUGCUAUAUGUCAUUAUUUUGUUGGCUACAAGCAAUGCUAUAUUCCAUGUUCUCAUAGCAUUGCUGGUGGCACACAAUCCUUUUCUUACAAAUGAUUAUUUCAUGAAUGAGUGUUCUAUCGGGUUCUCAGGAGUUCUAUUUUCGAUGGUUGUUAUAGAGACAAGCCUUAGUGGAGUUCAAUCGAGGAGUGUGUUUGGGUUGUUUAAUGUGCCUGCAAAGUGGUAUGCAUUUUUUUUGUUGGUAGUGUUCCAGCUCCUCAUGCAAAAUGUAUCACUACUUGGACACCUUUGUGGCAUUAUAUCUGGGUUUGCAUAUACAUUUGGCUUGUUUAAUCUCCUCAUACCUGGGACAUCCUUUUAUUCUUCAAUUGAAGCCUCCUCCUGGCUUUCAUCAUGUGUGAGACGUCCUAAAUUUAUUGUUUGCACUGGCGGGAAUCCCUCGGGUUAUAUCCCUACACAUACAAGCCAAAAUUCAACCACUAGUGGACUACUUUCCGGUAAUAUUUGGGGGAACCUAUCAUCAUUGAUGCCUCGAAGGGAAGUGUCUGCUCAGCCUCAGUCAGUUGAGGACAGUAGGUUCCCUGGGAGGGGAAGGACACUUGGUGCUGCUCAAGGUCAAAUUGCUUCUGGUCUUAACUCAGAUUCAAAUCUUCAAGCUAGACUUUUGGAGGAUAGUAGUCCCAAUCAUCCUUCAGAUUCAGCCAUUCUGAAUACUACUCAACGGUUACCGGAAGGAAGGCAUUCAGUCGGUAAUGCAGCUACAGCAGGAGCAGGCAUUCCACAUCAUCAGGGUGCAGUUGUUUCAGAAGAAGAGAUUAAGAAACUUGUAUCAAUGGGCUUUGAUAGGACACAAGUGGAAGUGGCAUUGGCGGCUGCUGACGGAGAUCUUAACGUGGCAGUGGAAAUACUCAUGAGCCAGCAGGGUUAAGACAUGACAGCUUCUCUUCGAUUCCCAGUGAGACUUCCCUGACAUGGUUGAUUGGGUAUAUAUCCUCUGUGCUUGUUCAAUCACUCUGUUUAAUCUUGGACUCUAUCACUAACAGUUUGGUGACGCCUAAUGGUCAUGCUAACACCAAAGAACAGAAUUGAACAUAUGUAAACCACAUAACCAUACUAAUGUAUAACAAGGUUGAAUAUGAUUAACUAAAGAGUUUUGCAAAGAGAAGUUUGUGGUCAAGUUGUAAGUAUUAUGUUUCCCUCCCACCCCUUAUCUCCCCUUCUUCAAUAUGUUUUUAUACAAAAUAUAGAGAAGGCCUGUAAUGCCCAAGCUGCAGUAAAA